AGCCGGCACCGCAUGGCUAGUCUGUCGGAUGUAAACAAAGGGCCGCUCGCUGCACUCGAAGCGCGAAUGAAGACGAAAACGACUCCGUUGGGGGUUCAAAGCGCAGCGGAGGCUCUCGGGGAAGGCUGCGGCUCGCUACCGCCUCGGUCGCGAUGCUCCUUUGACGACAAACGAGUCAAGUUUGGACGACGUUAGCUCGCGGCUUUUUUUUUUUUUUUUUUCCGCCAUGGCGCCCAUAUCUGAUCGCGGGUUGCCAGAUAAGCGAGAAUCGUCUCCUGUCGGCAGGACUCGUCAUUGAGUCCAGUGAAAUACUUUUGUUGUUGGCUUUAUCAGGUUUUGACCCCAACCUCGCCGUUAUUCCGCCUUGGAGCACAUUUAGCUACUUUACUUACUGUGGCAACUUUUUACAACUUAUGAGAAGUGACAAAAGUGUUAAUGCACACAUUUUCCUUCUGUACCUGCUUUAGGAAAUAUUGCCUAGUCAAACUAUUGUUUUAAUGGCAAUUUUGUAUGAUUUACUCCUCAUCACAUGACCUAUUUUUCAAUUUUUCUUUAAAUAAUACUCUGAAUCCAGAUCAACGUCAGCGUACAGCAUUCAUCAACAAUUUAGUGGUUGCCAAACAAUGUCAGGGAACAGUCCAGGGUGAACCUCACCUCAGGCCCAAAGUCAGCUUGUGUGGACUGCGGCUCACCCGCCGUCCCAAUGGUGAAAAUGAACAGAUGCACCGUAUUUUUCCGUGUCAGUUGCAUGUCAAUAGCUUGCAAGUGGACUUUUGGACAGUCACGUGACAAGUGGCUUACACACCAAAAAAAGUUGUUCUUUGCUCCCUGCGUAAAGUGACAAAAAUGAAGUGGUUGGACCUCUUCGGACAUCUAAAAUGUGUCGUCAUUGGAAUGAUCCACGUAAAAGCUUUGCCUGGCUCUCCACUUGGAUGCAUGAAAAUGUCUCAAAUCAUCGAAGACGCCUGCAGGGAGGCGAGCGUAUAUCGCGACGCAGGCCUGGACGGCGUGAUGGUGGAGAACAUGCACGACGUCCCGUACUCGCCGUCUCCGGGCCCCGAGGUGACCGCCUGCAUGACGUCCGUCUGCGCGGCGGUGAGGAACGUCUGUCCGUCCGUCCCCGUUGGGGUCCAGAUUCUGUCCGCCGCCAACCGGCAGGCGCUCGCCGUCGCUCUUGCAUCAGGCGUCGAAUUCAUCCGUGCGGAGGGCUUCGUGUUUUCCCACGUAGCCGAUGAGGGUUUGGUCCACGCUUGCGCCGGCGAGCUACUGAGGUACCGCAAGAGCGUCGGCGCAGAGGACAUCCUCGUUUUCACGGACAUCAAGAAGAAACACAGUUCCCACGCUCUGACGUCCGACGUGAGCGUGGCGGAGACGGCCCGGGCCGCCGAGUUCUUCCUCUCAGACGGACUCAUCCUCACGGGAACUUCCACGGGGGCCCAGGCCGACCCGCAAGAACUCACUGAGGUAUCCCGGGCGGUGAGCAUCCCGGUUCUGAUCGGUUCUGGGGUGACUCACGACAACGUGGAUCGCUACUUGGGCGCCAGCGGCGUCAUCGUGGGCUCGCACUUUAAGGACGGCGGCGUGUGGAGCGGCGAGCUGAACCCGCGGCGCGUCAGAAACUUCAUGACCAAGAUGAGACGCCUCAGAGGAAGCGCAGGACCGUGAAAUGUUGUCUUAUGCCCAUAACGGGACAAGCCGAAAGGAAAAGAAGGAGAAGAUGCCUUUGUGGAGGACUUGCUUGCUCUCUCCAAAUGUAGAUUUCCAUUUUGUUGUGAUUUUGCAGACGCGGGUUUUGACGUCAAAGUGGUUUGUUCAGCUGACUUCCUUGCAGGCCCGAAGUAACUUUUGGAGUACGUUGGUGUAAUGCGGCAUCCUUUUUACUUUUGCGUAUUUUUAAGAAGGAAUACGACCUUUUAAAGUGUGACAGUGAGCUAGGUUUCGCCCACUUUUAUUUUUAAUCUACGUACCGAUGAUCGCUCGGGUCAUCUGCUGCACGUUGUGUCACGCGCAAUCAUCAGUUUUGGCCCAACUGUAAAUGUUCACAUUUCAACCUACAAGAACUCCACUUUGAGCUUGAGGAAUUUUCAUAUUUUCGUGUCAAGCCCAAGAGUAAAUAAAGAACGUUAAU